CUCCGCGCUGUGAGGCUGGGCCUCACCCACCCGUGAGGCAGGCCGGGGAGAAAGUGAGCGGCCGAGACACGCUGACGGGGGGGGGGUAGCCGGAACCAAGACGGUGGCCUGCCACCGAGGAGGCAGGCCCAUCAGAGCAGGAGGUACUGGCCUGAGAGAGAGCGGAUGAGAUAAGGAGACUUCGCAGAAAGCGUGCCGCCCACACAUCUAGGCAGCCACGAGACCUUGAAAACGCCAUGCAAUGCGUUGCCGCUGAAGCUGACGAAAUUACAUCAAUCUUCCCAGCGUUCUGGAGAAGCGGGCGGACUCGUGGUGUGGAAGGCGGUUAAGGCAGGAUGGGUUUCGCCCGCCCUCCCCCCGCCUCCCCUCCCCCAAAAAGGAAACCCCUUGGGACAAGACAUACACUUUGAGGCGCUGCCUGUCCACCAACAAGGAUCCUGACUGGGCCCACCCUUCGCCCGAGGUCGAUGGAUGUAUUAUGCCCUCUAGGCAGCGCCAGGAAGCGUAUAAACUGAUGCUGGGCGCACUGUUGGCCUGGCAAGGGUUGAUGUGGGUGGAUGGCUGCCCAUCCCCCCCGACGAGAGGCGGAGACGGCGGGAAGCUGAUUCACACCCUACGCAAGCCGGAGACUCCGAGGGUGGCUAAGGGGCACGCAGCAAGGGGAGAGCGACUCCAUCGACGCCAGGGCCUCUCCCUGAACAGGACACACCAUACGGCGAAACGAUGGCAACGCAAAGAACGUACGCACGUAAGGUUCAUGCUAUUCUGGCUCUGCAGGGCUGUGCCACAAGCAGGCUGAGAAACGCCCUCGCGCGGCCCGCGUUCGCGACGUGCUCCCACGCGGCUUCGCGGCCCGACCGUGCAUUGGCCUCCGUAGAUCCCUCAGAGCUGCCGCUGCUUGGGGAGCCGCAAAAUGGCCCGACGAGGAGGGGGCGGGAGGGGGAGGCGAGAGGGGGUGGGGCAACCAGCCCGCGCCCCCCCGCAAUUUCCGAACGCACGACGGAGGCAGGCAAACAAACAGGCAGGCAGACCACGGCCGCUUGCUCCUCCGCGAGGCGCCGGCGGACGUGGCAAGCCACUCCGCCCGCUCUAGCACGGUGCGGAGGCCCCGUGAGGGGCACACCCUGUAAGUCCAUCUGGCAUAAAUGGGAGGCGGAAGGCCCUCUCAGUCCGACAUCGCGAGCAGCGACCCCGCUGGCACCGCCGCCUCCGCCGCCGCGCGACCGACGGAGCCGGCGGGGGCAGCCUCGCGGCGCGCCAAGAAUCUGUGCUCGUGGCGUGCCUUCUCCUGCGAGAAGAACAUCACGGCCCGCCUCCCUCGGGACCCGCCUCCCCCUGACAACGGAGGCCCUCUCAGUCCAUGGUCGCGAGCAGCGACCCCGCCGGCACCGCCGCCUCCGCCGCCGCCCGCCCGACGGGGCCGGCGGGGGCAGCCCCGCGGCACGCCGCGGGCUCCCGCGGCCUACCAGCAGGGAAUCGGAGAGGAGCCCCGCGUACGAGCGGCGGGCACGCCCGCGCCCUCGCGGGCGGAGCUGCCCAGGGCGCGGCCCCGCGGAUGACCCCACGACCCCGCGGCCCUCGUCGUGCGCACCCUGUUUCCUCAACCUCCCUCCUCCCUCCUCUGGCCCCGGGCGAAGGCCUCGGGGUCUAGGACCUGUUUCCCUCGGGAUCCUCGUGGGCGCGGCCUCGCGGGCCACGACCCCGCGGAUGCGGUUUUUUGCAUGUCUAUUUGCGGAGGCCCCACGCGCCACGCACGUGCCGUGCGACCGCGGAGUUCUCCGGGGGAACGGGCAGGAUCAGCGUGAUUGUGAUGGUGAGGCGGAGCAGGACGGAGGGGGAGAGGCGAGGAGAGAGGAGGAGGAGGAGGAGGAGGAGGAGGCGGGAGGAGAGAGGAGCCCUGGGGCCUGGGAGGGGCCCAUGCAUGCCCAGCCAGGCCGACAGCAGCGGAAAACCGCCGGACCCGUUUCCCUCAGGAACCGUUGGCGCCAUGUCGGGCCCUGGACCUCUC